CCUACAUGUAACUCUGUUUCACAAAGGCGCAGAUGCGCUCAUGCAAAUGGUGUAAGAGACGGUGAAACCUCCCACAGUCCAAUAAUUUAUCUUAGUUUAGAUUUCACAACUGAGAAACGUCGACCGUUAGCUUUGUUAGGUACCACCUUUAAUUUAGAUAUACUUGCAUAAAAAAAGCUUUUCGUAAUACACAAUGAAUAUCGACUGGCUCCUCGACCACGGCUACCUACCGCACCCCGUGAUACGGGUUGGUAUCCGGCGGCAGUUAGCGCAGCGGCUCGAGGAGAUUAAGUCGUCGACUCUGACGGCCGACUACGAGCGCAAGAUGAAGUACAUCGAAUUGUUGCGCACACGGCCUAUCGCCAUCGAGACCGCCACCGCCAACACGCAGCACUACGAAGUCGGCACAGGCGUCUUAGCCGGCAUGCUAGGUCCUCGCAUGAAGUACUCCUGCAGCCUAUAUCCCAAGGGCGGCGAGACCCUCGCCCAGGCCGAGAUGGCCAUGCUGGAGCUGUAUGCCGCGAGGGCAGAGCUCCGCGACGGCAUGAGUAUCCUGGACCUAGGAUGCGGUUGGGGUUCCGGCGCCCUGUAUUUCGCCGAGAUGUUCCCCAAAUCCAAGAUCACGGCGUUCUCGAACUCGCGGACGCAGAAGGAGUACAUCGACGCUAAGGCCAAGGAGAAGAACUUGACGAACCUGACGGUCAUCACGGGGGACGUGGUGGACUACGAGUUCAAGAAGCAGAGUUUUGAUCGGGUGGUUUCGAUAGAGCUCUUCGAGCAUAUGAAGAAUUACGAGCAGCUUAUGGCUAAGAUAUCGAGGGCGCUGAAGCCCGGGGGGAAGCUGCUUGUGCAUAUAUUUGCGCAUAAGAAUACCCCGUAUGAUUACGAGGAGGGCUGGAUGACUACGUAUUUUUUUACUGGUGGCACUAUGCCGUCAGCGGAUCUACUGUUGUAUUUCCAGAAAGACCUUCACAUUGAGAAGCAAUGGUGGGUCAAUGGAAAUAAUUACUCCAAGACCUGUGAGCAUUGGCUUUCCAACAUGAUCGCGAACAAGAAGAAGAUAUGGCCACACCUGGAAGAGACGUACGGAGAGGACAAUGCGAAUAUGUGGUACAAUAGGUGGCAGAUCUUUUACAUGGCUUGUUCGGAAUUAUUCGCCUAUGAGGGUGGGGAUACCUGGGGAGUGGCCCAUUAUCUAUUCGAGAAGUCGAAAUGAUCGUGAUAGCAACACCGUAGUAUGUGGUACACUGUAUAGACUGAUUGUCUGAUUCUUCUCUUCUAUUGACCUGGGCCUCCUCCUGAUGACUGGCGACUAUUGCGUAUCUGCAUUUUCAUCUUCAACCCUUCUUAGUCGUGGUAUCUGUCCUCUGCGCGGUUCUAUAUCGCCCUCGCUGGAUUACCAGUCUAGUGUUCCCAUGGGUGCUUCCAGCCUAGGAGAACGGGGCCGUCUUUCCUCGCGCGCCACAUCAGCUGUCGGGGAAGUUAGCGCGUAUAAUUCUCACUGUAAGAACAGACAAGGUAGCCUUACAAAGAACCACAUGCUAGCGCCGAGGGCCGUAGCAGUGAAUCUAUAGAUGCCGGGGACAUGAGGCCUGAUCGGACCGGGGCCAGCCAUGGUGUCUCGAAUCUAGAAAUUGCUAAUUGUGUCGGGAAUAAAGGUAAUGCGUUCUUCUGCCGAGAGGACAUACGCCUUUUCGAUAGGGAUUGGUGUGAGCUCGCAAUGGCAAGAGGAACCGACAAGUUGGUAUCGUGAGGUUAAUAGGAAAUAGCUGGAUAACCUAGUUGCAUGCCGAUUCUCGAAGAGCUUGGUAGGUAUUAGACGUUAAGGUAAGCCUUUAAAACCGAAGAUUCCCCGCGGCUUGCUGAGUUAGCAGAUUUAGUAUUAUCUUAUGAGUGAUUAGUACGCUAAACCGU